UCAUGCGUUUUUUGUAGAAUUGCUACUGCGCAUCACCCAGUGGCCCCGUCAACGUAUCUCCAACCAACGCCAAACGCCAACGCCGACUCCCCUUCCACCCCAACACCAGGCCCAGGCGAAGACGGUCAUGCUUUCUUAAUACUUUCCACGAAACAUGUCCUUGCUUUCCUCGAUAUUAUGCCCUUGACACGGGGCCAUGUGCUCGUUGUUCCACGGGUUCAUCACGAGAAGUUGGCUGAGGUGGGGGUAAGGGUUAGUCGCGAGCUCGGUACAUGGCUCCCCAUACUCUCGCGCGCCGUGAUGAGAACGGUAUUCGGGGAGAGCACUGAUACAGAUCCGAGCGGCAAUACUCUUACAAGUCCGAGCUGGAACUGGAAUGUGGUCCAGAAUAACGGCGUCGGAGCUGCGCAGGUCGUCCCACAUGUGCAUUUCCACAUUGUGCCGCGACCGCCGUUAGGUCAGGCGUCUACGUCGGCGAAAAUGAGCUUUGUUAUGUUUGGGCGUGGGCAGAGAGAGGACUUGGAUGAUGAGGAGGCGGAGGACUUAGUACGGCUUUUGAGGGAGGAGGUUGCGAGGGAGGUGGUGAGAGUUAAGGAGGUGGAG